AUAAAAUCAAAUAGAAAUCAACGCAAAAGCAGUCGGAAAAUAAUAUUUUGCAUUGCAAUUUUCAGGCUUCACUGGAGCAGUAAAUCAAAAAAAAAAAACAAUCAAAAAUCAUUCAAAACGCCAUUUGAUUGGAAAAUAACUACGCAACUGCGAAGUCAUACAUAUGGAAACUUGAUGGUACCACUAUAAUGGCUAAAGAAAGCUAUAAAACAGCGUGUGACAGGCACUUUGUAGUCAAUGAGGCUCUGUAAAGCUUCGUCAGCACUUAUUUCUGAUAUCGUUCUUUUUGUGAUAAAGUAAACCUCGAGGCACUAGAAAAUGGUCGCCAAACUUUUUUGGUUGAAUUUGACUAUUCUGCUGUGUUGUGGCUUGUCAGCUGCGGAGAAAGUGAUGCGCCCCACCUUUAAGGAUGUCAAAGUGUGGAGUGACGAGAAGCAUGUUACGCAUAAGCUUGCCUUUGAUCCAAAGGAUCCACAUCUAAAUUUUACGCUGCAUGUGCUGAAGGACCUCAAUGACGUUGACAUACACACCGAGAUACGCAUUGUGCAGAAGAAGGAUCCCACAUACUCAUUUUAUACAAAUUCUACGAUGAAUUUAUGUCGCAUUUUUGAUUGGCGUAAUAUAUCGCCAAUUGGUUUACUUAUAAAUAACUUUAUGAAAGAGUAUGGCAAUUUGAUCGAAAAGUGCCCAAUCGUGAAGGGCGAAUAUUUCGUGCAUAGAUUCUGGUAUCCCGAAGAUGUGACAGUCGCUACAUUACCCGAAGUCGAUUUCGAAAUUAAUUUCUCCGCCUACCAUGUGGAUGCAGGUAAAAAUCGUGUGUUGAUCAUUAAUGAUCACAUAACCGGUGAGGGCGUAGUGCAGGAUGUGAACAACGUAAAACCGGGCCUACUGGCACUAUUGCCGAAAGCGGGUUAAGUGUGGCGCGAAAGGCAGCAAAUGAUAAAUUUAGCUACAUAUAUUUAUAAAUAUAUUUAGCAUAUUUAAAGACGUAAAAAACACAGGUGAAGGCCAUAAAAGUGAAGAAGCAAGAAUUUUAUGAACGCAAAUGGCAAAUAAUAAAUUUUCGUAGCACUUGUUUAAUUGCUAUUGUAAUUUGGUGUUUAGCAGUAAAAUGUAAAAAUGAAAAAAUUCGGUGAAAAAUACAAUAAUUAAAGUAGC